AAAACUUGAUGUGUAAUGUUGGUUGCAUAAUUCAGGCAAUAGGGGGGCACUAAAUUUAAAUUUGACCAUUACCGCCGACUUUUUUUGCUAGAUUUCGACCCAUGGGACUGAAGGGAACAUUUUCCCUAAGUUUUUGGCUCAGUUAGUUAACGCGCUUGAGAUUUUGAAGCUUUAAAAUAAUUGUCAACACCGUGUCAAUCAUUUCGUUCCAAAGUGGCUUUGCAAGAAUUCGUCUCGGGGAACAACCUAUUCACAGCCGAUGUCUACAGCAUCCUCAAAACCUCCGAAAACCUGAUCGUGAGCCCUUUUGCCAUCCAACUCGUGAUUGCUUUCGCAGCCAGUGGGGCCCGGAACAAAACAGUCCAAGAAAUGGCCACAGCCCUGCACUUGCCUUACCACCCUCGUGACACCGAAACCGCCUGGAAGACGCUCCUCCCAACCCUGAUUAAACCAGACCACUACCACUUGAACCUACUCACUAAAAUGUACCUCCAUAAAAACCUCAACGUGAAAAAGGAGUUUCGGACAAACGGGAAAAGGAUUUUCCAGGCCGAUACCGAGCUUGUGAAUUUUGCGAACCCGGCCGACGUGGCGAAAAGCAUCAAUGAAGGGGUGAGGAAACAAACAGGCGAGAAAAUCCAAAGUUUGGUGGAUGGUAACGUGCUAACGCGCGACACAAAAGUGGUUUUGCUGAGCACGGCGUUCUUUAAAAGUGGGUGGUUGAAGCCGUUUCAGUUUAUCGAAAGUCAGGAUUUUUACAAAACGGCGGUUGAAGUCAUCAAGGUCGAAAUGAUGGAAAUCACCGGACAGUUUAACUACUUUGAGAGCGACUCAAUCGGGGCUAAAUUGGUGGAGUUGAGGUUUGAUGAUGAGUCACUGGCCAUGAUUGUGGUGCUCCCUGAUAAAGUUUCGAGCGAUAUCGCUCUGAUUGAGGCCCACCUUUACGAGGUGUACUUGGCUAAUUCGUUCACCCCCCAAAUGGUCAAAGUCAGUUUACCCAAAUUCAAAAUCGAGUCUUUGAUCGACUUUAAGCCGAUUUUGCAAUACUUAGGAAUGGCCAAAGCAUUCACCAGCGAGGCCGAACUGGACGGUAUUUUUCAGAGUAAAACUGAGGCUUUCUUUGAUUUGGUUAUGCAAAAAUGUGUCAUAAACGUGGACCAACGAGGGCUGGACAUGGAGCCGAUUCGCGACCUGAAUGAAAAAACUAGUAUUAAUUCGAUUUCCGUACCCACUGCACAGAAGUUUUUUACCGCCGAUCGUCCGUUUAUGUUUUUUAUAAGAUCGAAAGAUUUGGUUAUUAUGACGGGGAAGGUUGUGGCACCGGUGACGUAAUCUUUCAUAUUUUUAAGAUUUUAAUGUGGCAAUGGGCGAAAUAAAGAAAAA